AAUGGCCAAACUAUCUUCGUUUUCCAUCAAUUUUUCCAACGAUCAGCAAGUUUAUUACGCGGGGCAGACGGUCUCAGGAACGUGUCUUGUUGCCGUCGACGAGCCAUUGAAAGCGCGAGGCAUUCGAGUCGCCAUUCGCGGAGAGGCGAACGUUCACUGGACGGAAACGAGGACGAGGAAAAUCGGGUCUGGGAAGAGCGAACGCACAGAGACGUAUACGGAACAUUUUCGAAGCAGCGAGAUUUAUUUCAACUUGAAAACGACUUUGUGGGGAAAGGAUGAAGGAGAUCGAAAAGGAGACAACCCUGUCCUCCCUGCUGGCGAUCACUGCAUGCCGUUUGCAUUUCAGUUGCCAUCCAGCGGAUUACCGUCAUCAUUUGAGGGCAAACUCGGUUACAUUCGUUACUGGCUAGAGGCGACAAUUGAUCGUCCGUGGCGAUACGACUUCAAGGCCAAACACGCGUUCAGUGUUCACGAAAUCAUCAAUGUCAAUUUGCCUCAAAUGAAUGUGUGUAUUGAGGACGAGGAUGAGAAGACUCUUUGCUGCUUGUGCUGUCAGUCUGCGCCGUUGUCUUUGUUUGCGAAGGUGGAUAGGGCCGGCUACUGUCCAGGGGAAGGAAUUGCGAUUACGACUCGAGUACAGAACCCGUCGAAUAGAGAGAUGAGAGGCACUCGGGCAAGACUCAUUCAGACGACUGAGUUUUAUGCUCAAGCGUCACGCAACAUCAAUAAAGAAGACGUGGCCGUCAUGCAGGGCGUUCCUAUCCAACCACACUCCACAGGCGAGUGGCGCAACCGUCUCCUCAAGAUUCCUGUAAUACCUCCAACAACAAUCACAUGCCGCAUCAUCCGUGUAACUUACUGUCUUGAGGUGACUGUUGUGGUGCCGAAUUCUGUGGACCUGUCGGUUGAGAUUCCUCUGACAAUAGGAACGGUGCCACUGCAUCAAGGUGUUAGAAGUCAAGCACAACUUCCUGUUGACCGAACAGCAUCGCCGCUGCCAUUUGACGAGCUGCCCAGCUAUGCUGAGGCUAGUGGCGGUCCUGCCACUAUCAGUGACACAAAUGAGAAGAUCAUGGGCGACACAAAAUUUACACCUCUCUAUCCAUUCGUCAGGGACUUCAGUUUCACAGGCAGUGAAUCACUGAUGACAAAAGAAGGACAGAAGGCACAAAGGAAAGUCACCGAACGAAGCAAGCUACUACAACGCUAUAGUUAAGACUCAACAGAGACAGACAGUAGUAUCUUGUCGUUUGCUGCUGUUGUGUACAACCCUUUGACUAUUUCAUACAUAACGCAUCAGAUUUCUUACGUUCUAUUCGAGUUAGUUGAAUUCAGACAAUUGAGUGAUUUAUGCCGCAAUGUACAUACACGGAGCACAUACUGUAGU